AUGGAGCAGUCCCCUCCCAAGCCGUGGCAGCAGCAGCAGCAGCAGCAGCAGCCACUUGCUUUACCCUUUGCUGUCAGCAGCAGCAGCAGCAGCACGGGUCUCUCUCUACCGUUUUCUUCUGCUUCUGCUGUGCAGGCAGCAGACCCAGGAGGAGCAGCAGCAGCAGCAGCAACAGCAGCAGCAGCAGUAGCAGAUGGGAGUAUGUAUGCAGCAGCAACACCAAACACAUCUGCUGCUGCUAUAGGCCCUUACUUCAGCAGCAGCACAACAGGUUAUUACGCGGGGCCCUACGGCGGCUAUGCAGGCUGGAGUUACGGUGGCUAUGGGGGGCCUUCCUAUCUCAGCAGCACAUUAGAGAGUUUAAGCAGAGGGACAGCCUUGCUGCAUGCACAGGGGUACUUCAUUGAUCAUAUAUACACCCGAGCUUAUUUGCUGCAGCAGCAUUUAGUGUCUCUAAAGGGCUGUGCUGCUUCGUUUGCUGCUGCUGCGGCUGCUGCUGCUGCUGCUGCCAAGACACGAAUGAAGCAAUAUGCCGGUGAUGCUGCUUCAAAGGCCCGCACGAACAUCCGUGCUGCUGCUGCCGCUGCUGCUGCUGCUGCUGCUGCUGCACCGGAUGUCCUAUUGCGGCAGCAGCAGCUGCUGCUGCAGCAGCUGCUCCCCACUGUUUGCCUGCCAGAAGAAGAAUGCAGCACAGCAGCAACAAGAAGCCGCAGCAGCAGCACUAAAGGAGAAGGAGACACCGAUGGAGACAGCUGGACUGAAGAGACAGCUUUACUGAAGCAGGCCCUCCUCAACCUCGUUCAUAGAAUCAGGAAGCUGUUUCUUUUGCUGCUGCUGCUGCUGGGCCUCAACUUCUUGCUGCUGGCGAGGAGGAGACGCAGCAGAAACCCUUAA